AAGUGUCAAAUUAGGAAACAAAAUUGUUGGUAAAGCGAUUGACCAAGUGAAAUGGUGCUUUUUAAAACGUGCCUAUUUUUGACCCAUUAAAGAAGUAUUUCUCUAGCUACCGGUUAAUUCGGAAACGAUAACCAAGCGACGAUAUGCGCCAAUUAGAGCAAGUGUUUUUUUCGGUACUGCUGGUAAUGGUGUGUUGCCAAGCAGUAAGUGGCUACAGAAUUCUUAGUAUUAUCGGUAGCCCAAGCCGAUCCCACGUGAUAGUGCAGGAGGCGCUGGCGAAAGAACUGGCUCGUCGAGGUCAUCAAGUAACUAUGGUCAGUCCUUUUCCUUCAGAACAUCCAGUGGAUAAUUAUCGAGAGAUUACGGUGCCAAUUUCUGACUGGGGAAAAAGUACAAUGGCAUUAUUCUUAAAAGACCAGUCACGUUUUGCAAGUUUCAUCAAUUUCCCAACCAUGUGUAAGAUAUUCAUGGAUUCGUCGAACGACACCAUCAAUGACCCAGAAGUUCGUCGAGUAAUCCUGAAGGAAAAGUUUGAUCUUUUGAUUGUUGGGAUAAUGGGUGACUUUAUACUAGGAGUCGGACAGUUGAUCGGAGCACCUACCAUGGUUGUUUGUCCCAACGCUGCAAUGGGAGUAGUUAACGAUAUGUUUGGAAAUCCCUAUCCAAUUUCUGCAGUACCGAAUGCGAUGCUAGGAAUUGCUAGCCCUAUGAAUUUUACUAACCGAAUAAAAAAUCUUUUUAGCUAUAUUCUUGAGCUUGUUUUCGGAUGGUACAUAAAAUCGGUUUCGGAACGCUAUUAUAACUCAAACUUUCCACGUGAUAAGUUUCCGGCUUACGAUGUGGCGCGGAAGAAUGUAUCGUUAGUCCUAAUCAAUCAACAUUUCACCAAAGCAUCGCCGCGUCCUUAUGUUCAAUCAAUGGUGGAAAUUGGUGGACUUCAGAUCAAACCAACGCCAGAUCCACUUCCUGGAGAUCUUCAGCAAUGGAUGGACGGCGCAGAAGAUGGUAUUAUUUUCUUCAGUCUGGGAACCAACAUACAAAGCUCGUCGAUGCCCAGCGAAAAACUGAACGCCGUGCUGAAUACAUUUAGAGAACUGAAGCAAAGAAUCGUAUGGAAAUGGGACUCGCAUGAUAUGCCGGAUAAGCCUCCGAAUGUUUUGUUGCGAAAGUGGCUUCCUCAGGAUGACAUAUUGGCACAUAAAAAUGUGCGACUCUUUAUUACUCACGGUGGACUGGGAGGAGUAGCGGAAGCUCAGUAUCAUGGUGUUCCGCUGGUAGGCAUACCGAUUUUCGGUGAUCAGAAAGGCAACUUAGAAAAAGUAAAAAGGGAAGGGUGGGCUGUUAUAGUAGAAUUCGCAGAAUUAACCGAAGAUACUCUCACUCGAGCAGUAAAUGAAGUUUUGAACAACGCCAGCUACAGAGAGACCGUGAAGAGCCUGGCAGACUUGUACCGGGACCGACCAAUGUCACCCAUGGACACCGCAGUAUUUUGGACAGAAUACGUUAUACGACAUAAAGGAGCAAAGCAUAUGCGAUACCCAGGCGUUGACCUAAAUUUUUGGCAGCGUCACUUACUUGAUGUAAUAGCAGUUCUAGGAGCUGGCGUGUUCGUUGUAGUCAAACUUAUUUCCUAUACUUAUCAACUGUGUCGAAGAAAAGUUCUUUCGAAAAUUAAAUUAAAUUAAAUUAAAUUGAUUGAACAUUGCUGAGCUUCACGCAUUGCAAAGUGUAGACGAAACAGGAAGAUAAUACAUAAACAUAUGCGCUAUUAUCCUAAAAUAAACACUCGAAAAAAUGUAAAGAAAAUGCCAUGAAUUCUGGAUCAAUCAUCAUCCCUCUGCUUCGUUGAAAAAACACUGUAUCUCUUACAAUAUUUGGAAUAAAACGCUCAAAUUUUGCAGAGAUAUUCUCUGAAGGCCUAUCGUGAAUAAAUGGUAGGAUGGUAAGUGGUAGGAAACUAAUAAAAUGCCUAUUGAACACGAUAUGGCACAAAGUGGCAUCGAUUUCACUCUUGAUUCUCUUACUGAUAUUGAAAUUCGAGGUGAGAAAUGGUGAGAAUAUAAAUAAAUAUCACUUUAUAAUACAACCAUACUUGAGAAAUAUUGUACAAUACAUUCAUAUUCAUUGAAAUAUGCGAUAAUUUGUGAUUUUCGAAUAUUCAUACCAAUGAAUUUAGCAGAUACUUUACAACUAGACAAUAGCUAAUACUGGUUCUCAGAUACACGAAAGAAAAUAUCCUGACUUUUUGACGAGAAUUUUUCGCUCUUAUUUUAUACUAACUCUGACGACUCAUGCAUGUAGUAAGUUAAAUAAAUUAAUCAAAUAAAGCUGCCAAAUUGUAUAGUAACUAUCCAGGAAGCCAGUAAUGUUGGAUUAGAGGCUAUAGCACGAGUUUUGAUUUUUCGGUUUUGGACAGUUUUCUGGCUCAAAUAGUCCUCUGUGUAGUGUAUCUUCAAAUUAUGAACAAGAAUCAUAACAAAAACCAUACAUGCCCAGGGAAUAACCACAGCCACUCAACCAAAUAUUCGAAUGUAAUGCUAUGUAUAUUUUUGGCUCAAACUGGUUUUCUGGAAACACAAAUAGUGUCAUGAAUUCGAGGUUUAUUAUUCAUAAUCUCACGGUUUUCGUAAAUUG